UCAGAUCAUUUGAUUCGCUAUGGCAGCGGCGAGAAAUAUGAUGAGAGCUGUGAGAGUUUUUGAAUUUGGUGGCCCUGAAGUGCUGAAGCUCCAGACAGAUGUAUCCAUUCCUGUUCCAAAAGAAAAUCAAGUACUGGUUAAAGUCCGUGCCUGUGGAGUGAAUCCCGUAGAGACGUAUAUUCGUUCUGGAAGUUACGCUAGAAAACCAGCGUUGCCCUAUACUCCUGGCUCGGAUGUGGCGGGUGUUAUUGAAAGUGUUGGGGAACACGUGACUGCAUUCAAGAAAGGAGACAGGGUUUUUACUAUUGGCACCCUCUCUGGUGGAUAUGCAGAUUAUACAGUCGCUGCAGUUAAUAGUGUCUUUCCUUUGUCGGAUAAACUGGACUUCAAGCAAGGUGCAGCCAUUGGAAUACCCUAUUUCACUGCUUACCGUGCUCUUUUCCAAAAAGGACAUGCCAAAGCAGGGGAAAGUGUGCUGAUCCAUGGUGCCAGUGGAGGAGUGGGAAUAGCAGCGUGUCAGCUGGCCAGAGCCCGUGGGCUGAAGGUUUUGGGCACUGCGGGGACCGCGGAGGGCAUGGACACGGUGCUGAGGAGUGGUGCUCACCAGGCCUUCAAUCACAGAGAAGCUAAUUACGUUGAGAAGAUUAAGGAAUACACAGGGACAAAAGGAGUUGAUAUAAUAAUAGAAAUGCUGUCUAAUGUCAAUCUUGCUACCGACUUGCAUCUGUUGGCCUAUGGAGGAAGGGUGAUGGUUGUGGGCUGUAGAGGUUCUAUUGAGAUAAAUCCGAGAGACACUAUGAGCAAAGAAUCUAGCAUAAUUGGAGUUUCUCUGUUUCUUGCAACUGAGGAGGAGAGAAAUGAAUGUGCAGCAGCAGUCCUCGAUGGUAUAGAAGCUGGCUGGCUGAAACCAGGAAUAGGCUCCGAAUAUCCCUUGGAGAAUGUAGUUAAGGCUCAUGAAGACAUUAUUCAUGGCAGUGGUGCUCGAGGAAAGAUGGUGCUCCUUCCAUAAAGUCUUUUUCCAUUUUUCAUUUCUGUAGGUGUUCUAGUUGCACCUUUGCUUACAUGAUUCACCGGACGUAUUUUACAAAUCAUGCUAUUAAUCAGGUUUGAGAG